UCUCUCUCACACCACCAUGCUUUGACGAGACAACGCUUUCAAAACGCUUCAUACACUUCAAAACCUACGCGUCCCUUCCUUUUCACAACAACCGUAUCACACAAACCCUAACUCUCUCUCUCUCUCUCUCUGAAAAUCAAUUACUUAUCAAAAAUCAGUUUCUGAAUUUCAGUUUCAAUUAUCGCUGUGCUUCAUACUUUAUAAUUUUGGCGGUAAUCCAUGUAUGGAAGACAAAGACAGAGCAUCUUCUGAUCCCGCCGGCGAUUUCGUCGGAAAAUCUAGCUGGAAUCUCGGAGUCGAUGAUUCCGACGGUAGUCAUUUCUUCACCGACGAUAGAGAAAGAAAUAUGUUCGGCGACAUCGGCUGGAAUCUUGAUCCGAACCGCGUCGACGAAGGAUUGUUGCAACCGGUUCAAACUAGUUCGAUCGAAACAGCACCGUCGUCAUCUUACAGGUCAAAUAAUCAAUCGGUUUCUUCAAGCUCCAGUGAGGAUUUGCCGGAGAAAUCUACCGUCUCCGAUGAAAAACCGCCAGAUACACUGAGUAAAAGUAAGAAGAAGGGGCAAAAGCGAGUACGGCAGCCGCGGUUUGCAUUUAUGACGAAGAGUGAAGUUGAUCAUCUUGAGGAUGGCUACAGAUGGAGAAAGUAUGGUCAGAAGGCAGUUAAAAACAGUCCAUUCCCUAGGAGCUAUUAUAGGUGCACAAAUAGCAAAUGCACGGUGAAGAAAAGAGUUGAACGCUCUCACGAGGACCCAACAAUUGUUAUAACUACAUAUGAAGGCCAACACUGUCAUCACACCGUUGGAUUUCCUCGAGGUGGAAUAAUUAGUCAUGAAUCUUCCUUUUCAAGCCAGUUUGCUCCUACAAUGCCUCAGUUCUAUUAUCCUAUUCAAUUACCUAGAGAAUUAAACACUUGUACUACUACUACUACUACCACUGUUUCUCAGCCCUGCGAAAGACGUCAUGAUUAUGAAGCUGGACGAUCGAGUAGCGCUACAAUGGCUGCGGCCGAUGCAUCACUGCCAGCAUUGCCUCCUCCUCCAACCGAUGAAGGACUGCUUGGAGAUAUUGUGCCCCGUGGAAUGCGCAACAGGGAUGAAAGAAAUAUUUGAUGGUGUAUUUGUGAUGCGGUUUGGAUCAAUUUUGAUUGGGUUAAGUGGAGUCUUGUUUGUCAACCAAAAGAAGUGGAUGGUCUUGGAGUUGGUAACCUUAGGUUGGUUAGGAGCGUAUAUGGGUUUAGGACCAUAUAUAUGGUUGUAGGUUUGAUUGAUAUGAGUUGUUGUUUUAAGUCCAGAAUGUGUGACUAGAUCGCGAACCAGAAAAAGGAGAGAACGUCGUGGUGCCAACAACGAACAACCCCUUAAGGGGUAUGGAGGUGGUGAAGCCAUGAGGACGAGCACGUCACAACUGUAGAGGCUACAUCUUGAAGGAAAAGAUCGGAUUAUGAGGGAGAGAAGGGCGGCAGCGGUUGUA